GUUCCGCGUGCAAUCAAAUCUACAGAGAGGGAAGUAUUGUUUCUGUCACUACACAAAGAUAGAUGCGAACAGUAUAGCUGAAACGCGUAUUGGACUUCUAGUGUGAUCACAGACUCGUCUCCUGUACAUAGGUGUGGAUGAAAGCUGUUACGAUGAACAACCAAACUACCCCUGAUAUCAACACGGAGCCCGUCGGUCACUACAUCCAUUGGCCAGUACUGCUGUACUUCACUGUUCUUAUCAUCUGUGGCUUGCCGGGAAACACAUUGAUACUUUACAUAUAUCAUUAUCGAAUGAAGGAAACAAUAUUUGGGUUCUUUGUUCAAAUACUUGCAACUGUUGACAUGACAACUAUUGUGAUAUCACUCCCUGGGUCGUUUGUGUUCCGAUAUUUCUCCACCUCCUUGGACGGAAUGCGGAUGUGCAAGUUCCUUAUAUUCAUGAAUCACUUUAACACCUUGUUGUCAGGCAUUCUGUUUUCAAUCAUCGCCUUCCAGCGCUACAGGAAAGUGUGUCAUCCACACGGUAAACAAAUAACAAAGGCCCUGGCGAGGAAGCUGUGCCUAUCUGGAAUUUGUCUGGCAUUUUGUCUAAGUCUUCCGAUCAUAUUUAUCGUUGGAGUGUCUAAGAGUCCGACUUUAGUUGGUAAAAAAACCUACAGUGUGCCAACCUGUGACUACGAAGCUCACAUAAAACAGAAAGGAGAUUCCGUAGUAUAUGCUGUGCUUGUGGACGCCGAGUUUGUAGGAAUCGCAGUCUUUCUCAUCGUAGUCUACUCCCUAAUAGGAAAUACCUUAUACAAAAAGAUGAGAGCCAAUGGAAAUCGAAGUAACUUUCAAAAAGCCAAUCACGUGAAGAAAACAACCAAAGUGUUUCUCAUGCUAACAAUCGUUUUUUUGCUAUCCGUGUUUCCUCUAAUGAUAAUAUCCACGAUCUUUAGUUUAUUCCCUGACCCUCCAAAACUCUCGGAGAUUACACUCACUUUGUUUGACUUCGGAGUGUACCUCCCUCAUGUCAACUGUAUCGCCAACCCUGUCAUUUACAGCUUCACGUCCAAGCAGUUCCGCACUGAAUGUCUGUCUGUUUGUCGUGUGUGCCGGAAUCAGAAUUCCAAGACCCGGGCUGAGGCUACAUCCGAUUCCAGAACAGAAACCACAUCCAUGUAGCGCCCAAAACAGUAACUACAUCCUUGUAGCGUCCAGAACAGCAACCACAUCUUUGUAGCGUCCAGAACAGCGGCCACAUCUUUGUAGCGCCCAGAGCAGCCACCACAUCUUUGUAGCGUCCAGAACAGCAACCACAUCCUUGUAGCGCCCAGAGCAGCCACCACAUCUUUGUAGCGUCCAGAACAGAAACCACAUCCUUGUAGCGCCCAGAGCAGCCACCACAUCCUUGUAGCAUCCAGAACAGCAGCCACAUCCUUAUAGCGUCCAGAACAGCCACCACAUCCUUAUAGCGCCCAGAGCAGCCACCACAUCUUUGUAGCGCCCAGAGCAGCCACCACAUCUUUGUAGCAUCAAGAACAGCAACCACAUCCUUAUAGCGUCCAGAGCAGCCACCACAUCCUUGUAGCGUCCAGAGCAGCCACCACAUCUUUGUAGCGCCCAGAGCAGCCACCACAUCCUUGUAGCGUCCAGAACAGCCACCACAUCUUUGUAGCGUCCAGAACAGCCACCACAUCUUUGUAGCGCCCAGAGCAGCCACCACAUCUUUGUAGCGUCCAGAACAGCCACCACAUCCUUGUAGCGCCCAGAGCAGCCAUCACAUCCUUGUAGCAUCCAGAACAGCAGCCACAUCCUUGUAGCGUCCAGAACAGCCACCACAUCCUUGUAGCGUCCAGAACAGCCACCACAUCCAUGUAGCGCCCAGAGCAGCCACCACAUCUUUGUAGCGUCCAGAACAGAAACCACAUCCUUGUAGCGCCCAGAGCAGCCACCACAUCUUUGUAGCAUCCAGAACAGCAGCCACAUCCUUAUAGCGUCCAGAGCAGCCACCACAUCCUUAUAGCGCCCAGAGCAGCCACCACAUCUUUGUAGCGUCCAGAACAGCCACCACAUCCUUAUAGCGUCCAGAGCAGCCACCACAUCCUUGUAGCGCCCAGAGCAGCCACCACAUCCUUGUAGCGUCCAGAACAGCCACCACAUCCUUAUAGCGUCCAGAGCAGCCACCACAUCCUUGUAGCGCCCAGAGCAGCCACCACAUCCUUGUAGCGCCCAGAGCAGCCACCACAUCCUUGUAGCGUCCAGAACAGCCACCACAUCUUUGUAGCGUCCAGAACAGCCACCACAUCCUUAUAGCGCCCAGAGCAGCCACCACAUCCUUGUAGCAUCCAGAACAGCAACCACAUCCUUGUAGCGCCCAGAGCAGCCACCACAUCCUUGUAGCGCCCAGAGCAGCCACCACAUCCUUGUAGCAUCCAGAACAGCAACCACAUCCUUAUAGCGCCCAGAGCAGCCACCACAUCCUUGUAGCAUCCAGAACAGCAACCACAUCCUUGUAGCGUCCAGAACAGCCACCACAUCCUUGUAGCGUCCAGAACAGCCACCACAUCUUUGUAGCGUCCAGAACAGCCACCACAUCCUUGUAGCGUCCAGAACAGCAACCACAUCCUUAUAGCGCCCAGAGCAGCCACCACAUCCUUGUAGCAUCCAGAACAGCAACCACAUCGAUGUAGGGUUCAGAACAGCAACCGCACAUCGUUUAAGCGUCCAGAGGAGAAAACACAUCCUUGUAGCGUCCAGAACAGCAACCACAUCUCUGUAGCGUCUCUAGUAUAGCAACCACAUCCUUGUAGCGUCCAGAACAGCAACCACAUCCUUGUAGCGUCCACAACAGCAACCACAUCCUUGUAGCGUCCAGAACACCAACCACAUCCGUUUAGCGUCCAGAGGAGAAACCACAUCCUUGUAGUAUCCAGAGCAGCCACCACAUCCUUGUAGCGCCCAGAAUAGCAACUACAUCCUUGUAGCAUUCUUACCGAUUCUAUUCUAUACUGGUUUAUUCAAGGCGCGUUUUCACAAAUCCGCAAGAAACAUGAAAAUAAUCCCAAUAACGCACUGAUGGCCAUACCGAUGUCUAAAAGUUCAUCCAAAUUGUAAGAUACGAUGUAGUAAUUGUUUAUGCUUUCCGAUGAAACUGAUGUUGUCUUUCUCCAGUACUGUAUACAUUUAUAGUCACUGCAUAUACUCACUCAGUAGAUGGUAGUUAAUGUUUGUAUAUAACCACCUCUUGCGUUGUUGACAUGCUUAUAGGUAACCGUUCCAGGUUGACAAACGCGUGAAGACACAUCACAUACCACUUAGAUAUACUAUCACAUGCCUUUUCAUGAUCAGAAAUUGCAUUUAUAUUGCAUUUAUAUGUCAGCUUCGGUCUUCAUGAGUGCAAAAAUGACUGACGAACAAACUUGAUGAAUUUAUUAUUUAUAUUGAACCGCAAAGGAAACUGUCAUGAAUAUGAAAGCUAAGCUAACUGUGUCAGUGUAACGAGGCGUAACGGCGUCAGUGUCACCACAUUGUUACAUUGUACCUAUGCUGGACACCAUCAUCUUUAAACAACGCCCGUCUCCAUGGGGUGAGUUCCACUUUGACAGUGUCGUGAAUAUUUUGAACACCUGAAUGACUCGUGUGCCCCCAACAGCGAUGAAGUGCCCCUCAUCUUGCUGAUUGACUGCACCAUGUCGUUAUUUAGACGUGCUUUAAUAAACUCAGUUCAAUUAUAUAAAUUGUUGGCAUUUUUUUAGAUAGUUGCACCGUUCA